AUUCCUCCUACAGACCUCUGUGUCAUCUACAUCUGGCAUCAUGCCGACUUCGCGACCGGCCCCACCAGUGACCUACACUCCCCAUGUUCUCAACCUCAUCCAAUCCUCCGCCUAUCCGCCAUUACCAGAAGCUGCAGAGCUCGAGUACCUCCUCACUUCCCUAAGGACAUCCGCUGCGACUGUAACUGCUGAAUUGGAGAAGCGUCAACGAAAGAUUCAAAAGAGGAAAGAAAGGGAAGAAGAGCAAGCUGCGCUUGAAGCAAACGAAAAGGCAGGAGCGAAGCUUGAGGCUUUGGAGAGGGCUCGGGUUGAGGGUCAGAAGACCAAAGAGAGUCCGACGAGCGUUCGAGUUAAGAAGGAAAGGACGAGUCUAUCCCCUGUACCUUCCAACGCAUCCUCCGCAUCGUUCAAACCUCAGCACAAUCAGCCAAUAACAUAUGCCUCCGGCCAUAACAAAAAGAAGAAGAAACGCGUUUUGGAUAGCGAUGAUGAUAUGCGAUCUCGAGACCGAUCCGCUACCAUCCCUUCACCUCCCCCUCUCACCUCGGGCCUCAAGCUCAAGCUCUCAUCCAGUCAACCUCAAUCAAAAUCUCGGCCAGACUUCUCACCCACGCCCUCCACCUCUACAGCCGCAGCUUCUGCAGUCAUAGGAUCUCACAUCGACUUUUCGCUCCCUACACAGCCUGGGAGACCGCUGAUACCUCCGCGACCUGGAGUACAGAAACCUGUCCCGCCUGGUCCGAAGAAGCAAAGCGAGGUAGACGAAGACUACAGCAAUGUCAAGGCUCCAACUCAAGUUGCUUUCACGACGUUCUGGUCCGGCGUUGAGCCGUAUUUGAGGGAAAUCAGGGAAGAUGAUCUGGCAAUGCUCAACUUCAAGGCCGACGCUCCUGAGUCUUACGAGAUUCCGCCGCGAGGCCGUCAUUACACGGAAAUUUGGGAUGAGGAGGAUGGCUUACCUGCGGGCACAACCCCUCGAUAUCCCGUUCCAAACCUUCGUCAAGGUCACACUGCAUCACAUGGAGCUCUGUCAAUCCCGCAUUAUGUACCCUCCGCAGAAAUGCGUGACGAGAAUCUGGUGGACGAGCAGAGAGGCCUAGGGAGCUUGACUGAACGUAUCGUUGCUGCGGUCGUGGGAGACAAAACAACGUCAAAGUAUGUCAGGAGGGCAGUCUCAGGCCGAGAGGUCGAUGAGGAAGCCUCGAGCGAUGAGCCUACGCGGAUGGAUGUCGUCAAUAUGGAAGAUCGAAUGAAGAAGGAACUUCGUGCCGUUAUGCUCUUGGGUGAUAACGAGGAGUUUGACGCACAAGCACGGGACGAUGACGAAGUGACUUCCGCCCUUCGGCAAUGUCAACGAUUACUGUACCUGCAAACCAGCAUCAACGAGGCUAGGAAAUCCCGACUGGCGGAGAUUGCUCGACAGCGCUUGGCUUAUGGGGAUUAUACAUCGGCCCUGGACGGGCUGGAGAAGUCGAUCGAAAGCAGUUGGGCCAGACGAGUCAAGAAGUUCGGGCUAACUCCAAAGAAACCCAUCCCUGGCUCUGUACCAGGACUGAAUCCCAAUCGACCUCCGGUACCAAUCAACAUGAAGCGCUUAGUAGCGGUGCGGAAAGAAUGGCUCGACACAGUGGGCAAGAUCAUGCGCGAACGACCUACAGGCGAGGUCAUUGGGCUACCUCAAGAAACCAUAUAUGAUGGCAUUGGAGAGGAGGCUGAAGAAAAGGAUGAGAGGGAUGUCGACAGGGGAUUGGAAGUGGACGAUGCAAGUGGGGACGAGUAGACCACACACAGCUUGAUGUGUUACCCAUAUUAUAUUUCUUGAAGAGAGGCGACAGUCUCGAUAUUUGUUGUAGCUUAUUGUACGAGCACGCUCGGACGGUGAAAGGUCCCAGCAGUCAUGUAUGCAUUAGGCGUUCUGAGAG